UCAUCAUAGAAAGGAGCCAAGAAACCGGAGCCAAGGUCGGACUUGUCCUAAAUAAUCGUGUCAAAAUGUCUGGAAAGCUGAAGGUGGGAGUGGUGUGUUCGAGCAAUCAAAACAGAAGUAUGGAGGCUCACGCUGUUCUAAGCAAAAAAGGAUUUAAUGUGAAAUCAUUUGGAACUGGUGCCAACUGCAAGCUGCCAGGUUCAGCUCCAGACAAACCAAACAUCUAUGAUUUUAACACAACAUAUGAUGAGAUGUACAGAGACCUGGAGACCAAAGACAAACAACUCUACACACGAAAUGGCAUCUUGUCUAUGCUUGAUAGAAAUAGACGAAUCAAAAAACGACCUGAGAGGUUCCAGAAUAGCAAGGAGAAGUUUGACUUAGUCGUAACGGCCGAAGAAAGAGUCUACGACCAAGUUUUAGAAGAUUUCAAUUCAAGAGUGCAGGAAACGAUGGAUCCAGUACACGUGGUGAAUAUUGAAAUUAUGGAUAACCACGAAGAGGCAACGUUAGGGGCCUUCGUCAUUUACCAGCUUUGCCAAAAACUUGAAAAAAGUACGGACCUUGACCAGGAAAUAGACGAACUGUUGCUCCAGUUUGAGAGGAAAUGCAACCGAGACAUCCUUCACACUGUUUGCUUUUAUUGACCGGUUAAUUACAACACCAAGGGACCUAUAUACUUUACUGCCUAUGUAUGUUGCUGCUCUGACGAGCUGCGAUGCCACUACUUUAUCGGCGGGAGUAUUUAGUGUUUAGAAAUGGUGUUCACAGUUGACUGUGAUUAUGUGUUUGCAUGUCAUAUUAUGUUACAUAUUAUUAAAAUAUUGACUACUAAAUGAGGGCUCAGUUACAAUUACAGGCCCAAAGAUGUCAAAACCAUGACUACUCAGUUUUGCCUCGGGUAUAGUCAUGGUUUUGACACCACCGAUGGCCAACUAUAGUUUUAACUGUGCCCCGAUUAUUAAGCAGCCAAAAUUUAUUUAUAUACCGAAUAAUAACAUGAUUUUUCAAAUCAAUGACCCUGACUAUACGGUGAAAGUUCGUCUGCGAAGAAAGGUCGCAGUUCGCUAGUCGUACAGUACACACGAGCGACCUAUUAUUUGCGACUGUUUCUUUAUUUUGAGGGCGAACACAGUUGAUUGCUGUGCCCCAGGCACAGUUAUCUAUGACGUCAUCUCCCAGCUAUGUGACACAAUUUUUAACAAAUCAGAUUAGAGGAAUCUAUUUGAGGUAUAUUAUUAACUAUGUCACAUUUUUAUGUAACAUACAUUUUUAAACACUACUGGGCGUGUCCCGAGCUUUGAUGAAGCGAAGAUGCAUAAUAAUCUACUCUCUUAAUAUAAAAGAGUGAAAAACCACUCGUUUUGUCCGCCAUACAACUCUUGCAAAGCGGCAUAUACAAAGGGCGGAAAAUUCUUUUUAGAGAAAGACGGGUACUUUCAACUCGAUUUAGAGUAAAGUUCGUUCAAAUUUCACUAAAAAAGUGCCACAUAUUGACUUUCACUCUCAAAAGAGCGAAAAUGCCACCACUCGGACAAGAGAGUGAAAUGUUGACUCUUUUACAUUAAGAGAGUAGACUUUACAAACAAAAACAUCAGAUUCACCACAAUAUCAAGAGAACGUGACUUGUGCAAUUUAUCCGCACAUUAUUUGUGAGACUUGUAAAAUCAUUUAACAUUGGAUUUAACUUGAGCAUAAUUCUGUUCGUGAACCCACGGACGUAUGCACAUAAUGAAAGAACAAAGUGAUGUCAGAAUAAUUAUGCGACCUGACUAAAAAGGGCUUCCAAGUUAUAAACGUCCACAAUAAACUCAAAUACAAAUUGGACUAUAACCGUAUUGUCAAAGAAGAAAGCUUAUAGGUCACAUUAUGAGUCUAACAUUUGACGGAGAAAGUCACAAGAUCAUGACAGCCAAUUGUUUUAAUUCCAGUCAAUAAUGUUUGUUUGUUUAGGAGAUUUUUGAUGAACCAUAUUAAACUCUGACCCUUUACAUUUGUUAUGACGUCAUGCAUAAGUAUUAAGAGAGGCGUAUAAGUUAUCAAUUAAGGAAGCCGCUGUGGCCGCUAUACGCCUCUCUUAAUACUUAUGCAUGACAUCAUAGUUCUUACCCAAAAUGAGGCUAUGGGCGCACUU